AUUUGUCAAUUUCCAAAAAAUGAAACGGUGCUUCGGUUGGUGCUCCGCCGGCGCCGGGGCCGAGGCCGGCGCCGGGGCCAGCGCCAGCGCCAGCAGAGAAGGAGGAGGUGGCAGUGUGGAAAGCAGAGAUGGGCUUCUUUGGCAUACGGACCUCAAGCCGCACUCCUCCGGCGACUUCUCCAUUGCCGUCGUCCAGGCCAACGACUCGCUCGAGGACCAGGGGCAGGUGCUUGCCUCAUCCUCCGCCACCUACUUCGGCGUCUUCGACGGCCACGGCGGCCCGGAGGCCUCUCGCUUCGUCAACGCCCGCCUCUUCUCCCACCUCCACGAGUUCGCGUCGGAGCAAGGAGGCCUCUCCGUGGAGGUGAUACGCAAGGCGUUCACCGCCACCGAGGAAGAGUUCCUGCAACUGGUUAAGCAGUCGUGGCGUUCCCGCCCAAAGAUCGCGUCCGCCGGGUCGUGCUGCCUCGUCGGAGCCAUCGCCGACAACGUGCUCUACGUGGCGAACCUGGGCGACUCGAGGGCGGUGCUCGGCCGGCGGGGAGCCGACGGAGGGGCGGUGGUGGCGGAGCGGCUGUCCAGGGACCACAAUGUCGGGGAGGAGGAGGUGAGGAGGGAGCUGACGGAGCUCCACCCCGACGACUCCCGCAUCGUCACCUACAACAGAGGCGCCUGGCGAAUCAAAGGGAUCAUCCAGGUGUCAAGAUCCAUCGGGGACGUGUACCUGAAGAAGCCGGAACUCUCCGGCGACGCUCUGUAUCAGAAGCUUGCCGCUCCGGUCCCCUUGACACGGCCCGUGGUGACGGCGGAGCCGUCAAUCAGGAUACGCAACAUCAAGCAGAACGACCUAUUCCUGAUAUUCGCAUCGGACGGCCUCUGGGAACAUCUGAGCGACGAAGCUGCCGUAGAUAUCGUCUCCAACAACCCCCGAUCGGGGAUAGCGAAGAGACUUGUACAAGCUGCCGUCGCCGAAGCAGCGAAGAAGAGGGAGAUGAGAUACGACGACAUCAAACACGUGGAGAAGGGGAUCAGGCGGCUGGUCCAUGACGACAUAACGGUCAUAGUCAUCUACCUCAGCCACGGCGGCAGCGACGACGGCGAAGAAGGAGAAGGUUCCAAGUUCGAGGGAGGCAAUGUCGACUGCACUAAUGCACCGGUGGACGUCUUCUCGCUCCAUGCUGCAUAAUUCAGGCAACCUUAGCAUAUUUGAAAUCGUGUUUAUGCUAUCAAAUAAGAAAGAACUGGGAUGAAGAAUAAAUUUCUAAAAAACUUAUUGUUGCAAAAAUAAGUUUAAAAAUGUUUAGAAUUAUAAUUCUUAAAUCAUAAAGCAUGCUUAUUUGUCUA